CACGUGAUUCCAUCUGGACUGGAAUCGCUGGAGGGAAAAACAGAGGCAGCGUAGGAGAGAGACGUCUAAACCAACAGACCGUUAUAAUCAACAGACGCUUCCGGUUAAGCCUACGAUGGAAGUUACAGAAUUUGAGGAGUUUUUGCGAAACCCUCCACCCGGUUUCACGGUAGUGGCUAACAUCGGGAAUGGGGUCAGAUUUGUUAAAAGCGAUCCAAAAAACUGCUGCGUUUUCAUCGAUAACUUCGAGUCCUCCAGAGGAGCUAACGUAGUCUUCCAGCAGUCUCUGGGAAAAAAAUUGAAAGUGAGUAAUUUGAGAGAUUACUAUUGCUUCAGGAAGAGCGUAACCUCCAAAAAGAUCUAUCUACUAGUGUCUGUUUGUGACGAUAAGCCUUCCUCAGAAAAGAAAGCACCCAAAUCCCUCAGAGUGCUCCAGCGGUAUGUGGUGGCCAUUGACGGGAGUAACUCUCUGAUCCGUUGGGAGAUGGAGAGAGGCUUGGACAGGGCCAUCUCCUCCGUAGCCGGCGAGAGCUACAGGGUCGACAUUGACCUCAGUGAUGCGUUGCAUGGCUGGGCAGGAGGGCGUCUCUGUCUCCUGAGUGAUGGGGGGACAGAUCGGCCUGUCUGGAAGGACACCUGCUUCACACUGAAGUAUUACUCUGACGCCUUGUUUGACUUCCCACACUGGUUGGGCUUCAGCAAACGACAGUUAAGGAUCACCUAUCAUGGAAGAUGAGCUCGGCCAGAAUCAGCGAUUGUUCAAAAAGACUGGACCUAGGCCCGUGUCUUAGCAGACAGCCACCAGGCUUGGAAUUUCGUCAUCUUAGGGGCAAGGCCAUUUGGCCUUCAGUGUCACAAGAAUGUUUAGGGCACAAAGGCCACGUGACACCGCACAAAGGCCACUCAGUAAAAUAAGAGGAUUUAGAGCUUACAAAUAAACUUGAAUAUCUGAUAAGAAGAAAAAAACAGGCAUGACAUAAAAACAUACAUUAUUCACUUUUUAAAUAUCAUCCUUUGUAUAAUAACUUAUUAUAACUGAUGUGUUUUUUCCACAUAAAAAGUUAAAUGAUCAUGUUUUAAUCCUUGAAAUUACAUCUACUCCUCCCUCAUGUAUAGAUUCUGGAAUUUGUUCAAUUUCAGACGUUUGAGUUGAGAGCGUUUAUAUGACGACAACUAACAGGCAACAGUACUGACAUUUAAGUAAUGUUAAGGCUAGCUAGCCAAAAGUUACUACUUGGAGUUCUCAAAAAGCGUUCAGGUGUAUUCUCCCACUCGGAGGUCAGAAUUUGCCCACAUGCCAGUUGCUCAUGAAUGCGCCUUCCAAAACAGAGAGGUUACAGCGACCCCUGUCAAUUGAAGAGAGACGCUUCAGGGUGUUUUACGUGCUAUGACAGAUUCGACCACUGGGAGGAGCUUUUGCCUCAGCAAACUUGUAUCAUUUAAAUUGUGGUUGUCGGAAAUGCAUUGUCAGUUAAUGUAUACAACUCAUAUUUGUAAUGCUGUUCUGGGUUGAGGCCUUUACCCCCCUGCUGCACUGUUGAACAGAAUAAUACGUUCCGACAAGCUUGUUUAAGUACCAGAAGAAUUACCCUUGAAUACUUUGCAUGAUCAGUUUUAGUGAGUUGUAAUAUAUGCUGUGGCGACGUUGUAAAAUAAAAACCAAUGAUGUUG